AUGACCAAUUACAUUGGCCACAACGGGUACCCGCAACCCGAGAUCGUGGCCAUCGCCACCGGAGGAAAACCCAAUGUCGCGGUCAGCCCGGCCACGUUGGCCGCCGACUGUUUCGAUAUCAAGUUCGGUAGCGUCCUGCAAGAGUCGCCGCCACCACCGCCGUCCAUGUCUGUAGUCGACCUGACCAACUUGGACACGAUCACGGAAGCAGACGAUUCCGUCGAAAUGUGA